AUGGCAAAAAUCGAAGAGCAGGUUAAAGUUUUAGAUGUCUCGUUCACAUUUCUAUUCCGAAUCCGCAACCUGGAAAAUCCAGUGCACCCACUAUGGCAAACUCCUGUUGGCACACCUGGGGGAAACCGUCAGUCACCGAUCAAUAUCCACUUGAGAGACAGCAUCUUUGAUCCCACUCUGCAGCCCCUCAGUAUACGAUAUGAUGCCAGAACUUGUCGUCAAAUAUGGAACAAUGGAUAUUCCUUCCUUGUAGAAUAUGAUGACUCAACUAAUAAAUCAAGAAUCUGUGGCGGACCACUGGUGGAUCACUAUAGGCUUAGCCAGUUUCAUUUUCACUGGGGUGAGAAUAAUUUGUGGGGAUCUGAGCAUACAGUAGAUAGCAAAGUCUACCCUGCAGAGCUUCAUUUAGUUCACUGGAAUGCUGCGAAAUAUACUAAAUUUGAAGAAGCUAUUAUGGAAAACAAUGGUUUGGCAGUCUUAGCUGUUUUUUUGAAGGUUGGAAAGAGGCAUGAGGGGCUGCAGAAGUUGGUGGAUGCAUUGCCUGCUGUUAGACACAAAGAUAGUGUUGUAGAAUUCACAAACUUCGACCCGACCUGCAUGUUGCCUACUUGCCCUGAUUACUGGACAUAUGAAGGAUCGCUUACUACCCCACCACUGACAGAGUCUGUUUCUUGGAUUAUCAAAAAAAGACCAAUAGAAGUCAGUCAUGAUCAGUUGGCAGUAUUUAGAAGUCUGCUCUUCACAUCUGCAGAUGAGCAAGAACAAAAGAGCAUGGUUAAUAACUUUCGUCCACAGCAACCACUUAUGAACCGCACUGUGCGCUCCUCCUUUUCACCCUUCCUGGGGAAGAUAACCAGCAGUGAAGUAGAAUCUGUUCCCUUAGGUCGUCGAUCAAAACAGUGAACCAACACAAAGGCUACUGUGUGAGCACAAUUUGGGUAGUGCAAUAACAUUUGGUUUCCCUGUUAGAUUUGGGAGCACCUGGUUUUACCUGGCACAGAGGUGUGAAAUGUCAAAUUACACAGACACAGAAAGGGUUUCUAGUUGGAAAUUUUUUCACUUUUAACAUAAAAUUUCAAGUCAUGUUGUGAAUGAAUUCAAACAGAUUUUAAGAUUCCUUUCAAGGAGAUGUCCAUGUUAUGUGCUAUGUUCAUGUUGUUAAAAUGUCUGAAUGUUUUAAGAAUAAAAUUUGUAUUAAAUACAAAAAUACUAUGAAGAAAGCUAUGGAAAAUGGUGAGCUUAUGACAUCCUUAAAUGUACUUCAGUAGCAUUUCUUCACUUAACUAUUGAAGAAAUGUUUGUAUUGAACUAUUGAAGAACUAUUAUAGACUAUUAAUGCCACUAUCUUAAAAUAUUUACUGACAAAAUCAGUUCGUGCUUUUAGCUUUUGGAUGUCUUUAGUUCAUGAAAAAGAACAAAUUACAGAAAUGUAAUUCUGCAUAACAUAGUCAUAAUCCAUGGGAAACUCUUGGGAAUAAACUGUUCACAGGAUGGUGGCUAAGAAAUCUUCAACUUUUUUUAAUCAUAUAAGGGACAUAUUGUCACAUGUUAUGGUUUUGUUCGUGUGUAUGGUUAAUUUCUUUCAAGGGUAAGCUUUGUCAUUUUAUUUAUAAAAGCCCUUGUAAAAUUGCAUUCCAUAAAAACAUGUUUAUUUUAAAGUCCACCAUUUAUAGACCCUAUCUUACAAAUAGUACAGCAAAUUGAGUAGGGCCUUGGAUAGAACUGUUAGUAAUUAUCACUAGAGAUUGAAUUUAGCAGUGUCGGCAUGAAAAAGGUUUUGCUUAGCAACUGUUUGGCAUAGUUUGGCAUGGGCUGUUUUUUAUUUGUGUUAUUUCUGAUGAUACUGUAAGACAUUUCAUUUCACCUGGCUUUUGUUCCAAAAAGGAAAGCACAAUGGUUCUCUUUGUUUACAUAAUUUGUUACAGAAGUGUCCUUGAUUUUUUUAAAUAGCUCCUCCCUUUUGAGAAUCAUGGUGGGCAUUUCAAAAUAAUUUUCAAGUAACUCUGUAACCCUAGCAAACAGUUAUGUGAAAUUUCUUGUUUACUGUACACUAAUUAUGCUUGGAACUUUUACUAUAGCAGUGCAGUUCUUAAAUAUUUGAAAAGAAUACAUUAGUAAAGAAGUGCCCUUAUCAAGAUGUAAAGUAAAGUAAUUAUGACUGCAUUUCACUCCAUUUUUCUUGUAAUAAUUUUUCAUAUAAUUCAAUAUGUAGUUCUAUUUUUUAAUCAAAAUGUACCAUAUAUUCAGUUGUAUAUUUUAAUUACAAUAUUUGGCUUUGAAAUAGGAUUACUUGGAAAAAUAUGAACUUGUGUUACUGUAGUAGUAACAAAAUACAUUUUUAAUCAUUUGUAAUGUUUAUUUGAGUAUUAAUAACAGAUGUAUUUUUUGAGAUAUACUUCUAAAAUUACAGACUAAUUGUUAACUGUAAAAUUUAUUUGAAGGCCUUUUUUCUGUCUCUUUGAUGUGUUUUCUGUAAUGUUUUAUGUGUGUUUUUUUUUUCUUUUUGUUCUUUAUGUACUGUUAUCUGAUAUACAUUUGUUUUUGCUGUAUACAUGUAAAAGUCAAAAAAGAUUAAAUGGGAUCUUACUAAUCAUUAA